AUGCUCCGGUAUAGACGUUACAGGGUCUUCAUCGCCUUUACUGUCAUUGCAAUCUUGGCUACGUAUUACUUUGUAGGACAUGGUAGUAUAGCCUUACCUUCAGCAAUUGGCGCAGGCUCGUUGAAGCAGGCUGGCAACGAUGCUGCAGCUGCCGCUAAAGAGAAGGCUCAAGCUGGUCUUGACCUGAUCAAACCGGAAGAGCCCACCAAGGACGAUAUACUUGGAGUUCUACCACCACUCCCGACUACGAAGUCAGCUCCUGCUGCUACCUCGAUCCAUGCCGAAGCGCCGAAACCGUCGACGGCAAAGGCGACCACUUCUUCCUCUGCUGUCGCCGCAACACAAUCGCCCACUCAAUCCAAACCUCAAGAUGCUGCUGCCAUCUUGCCUAUCCCACCCGUCUACCAAGGCGUUCCCAGCGUGCCUGCGAUACACUGGUCCAGACUACCCGACCAUUUCCCUGUGGCGACAACCAUCCAACUGCCCACCGGCACUCCCGAGGCCGUUCCUCGUAUCCAAUACGAGUUCAAGAAGGAGUCUUCUGCCGAGAAGGCUGACAGGGAAGAAAAGCUCAAGGUCAUCGAAGGUGCAGUCUCGCAUGCUUGGAGCGGAUACAGAUCGAAGGCUUGGAUGAGGGAUGAGGUACGACCCGUUUCAGGCGGUGCUCGAGACCCCUUCUGCGGAUGGGCAGCCACUCUGGUCGAUGCUUUGGAUACACUAUGGCUUGUCGGCCUCAAGGAUGAAUUCGACGAUGCCGUCAAGGCGGUUGGCGAGAUUGAUUUCACCACUUCCCAGCGAAAGGACAUUCCUCUCUUCGAGACUACUAUCCGCUAUCUUGGUGGUAUGCUCUCAGCUUAUGACCUGAGCGGGGCAAAGUACAAGGUUCUGCUGGACAAGGCUGUCGAACUUGCCGACGUCUUGAUGGGUUCUUUCGACACUCCCAACAGGAUGCCUGUAACUUACUACCGUUGGAUGCCGACUUUUGCCUCUCAACCUCAUCGCGCAGGUACACAUGUCGUCUUGGCCGAGAUCGGUUCCCUCUCCGUAGAGUUCACCCGUCUCGCCCAGCUGACCAAGGAGCCCAAGUAUUACGAUGCCAUCGAUCGCAUUACCGAUGCCUUCCUGGAAUGGCAGAAUGCCUCCGGCUCCAAUGCAACCCUGAUCCCUGGUCUGUUCCCUGUCCAUGUCGAUGCUUCUGGAUGUGAGAAGCCUGCUCAGAUCAAGUCUCACUACUCCCAUCCCGCUGGUAUAGGAGGCGAUGUUGCAGUAGGUGAUGGUGCGCCAGUCAUUCCUCAACGCCCUGUCACACAGGGUCAAGGCACAAGGACCGGCACCUCGACAGAGAAGGACGGGUCCUCCCAACCCGUCAACCUGGGUGGCUCGCGCAUGGGUGCAUCUGCGGCUGGUGGAGUGGGCAAGAUUAUCGGUUGGGACGCUCCUCUGACCGAAGGUGAUCUUGACAGCCCUCAGGCAAAGGCUGCUGCCGCUGAGGAUACCUUCCAAAAGGAGACUCAAGCCAAGAUGCACACUUUGCAGCAAGAGGUGUGCCUUCCUCGAGGACUAGCUUCAAGCGGUUCUGGUGGCUCCGAAACGUUCACCAUUGGUGGCAUGGCCGAUUCACUGUACGAGUACUUCCCUAAGCAAUACCUUUUGCUCGGUGGUUUGGAGAAAAAGUACCAGACUCUGUACGAGCAGUCCAUUGAUGCCGUUACCAAGCAUCUCAUCUUCCGCCCCAUGACUCCUCAGAACGCGGAUAUAUUGUUUGUAGGCGAGUACAACGCUCAUCCACCUAGCACAAAGGGUGCCGUGGAAGGCUCAUUCAAACCGGAGGGUGCCCAUUUGUCUUGUUUCGCUGGCGGCAUGUACGCCAUGGGUGCCAAAAUCUUUGGCCGUGACGAGGAUCUCGAGCUAGGUGCUAAACUCACAGAAGGCUGCGUCUGGGCUUACAACGCCACGGCCACCGGUAUCAUGCCCGAGCACUUCUUGGUCUCGCAGUGUGAAAGCAUGACAGACUGCAAAUGGAACAAGACAAAGUACUGGGAAGACCUAGAUCCGUACGCUGAAUCGCGCCUCCAAGUCAACGUUGCAAACCCAUUGGGACAAAACCGCAACGCGCCCCAAAUCAACGGGAGAGAUCUGGACGGCCCUGCCGCGACUGUCGCUCAUGCCCCUGCCCCUGCUGUUCCGAACAGCGUGCCUGAACUCGAUAUUGCUACACCAGCAGAACAGACUCUACACGAAUACAUACCUCCCACACCCCCUACGCAUGAGGAGUUUGUCCUUGCCCGCAUAUCCGAAGAACGCCUCCCCACAGGAAUGACUCGUCUGCUCAGCCGCAAAUAUAUCCUGCGCCCCGAAGCCAUCGAGUCCGUCUUUUACCUCUACCGUAUCACCGGUGAUCAGCACUGGCGCGAGGUCGGUUGGCAAAUGUUCCUCGCUGUGCAGAAGUACACUCAUACCACUUUUGGCGCUUCUGCAAUUGAUGAUGUUACAAAGUCUCUGCCUACGCAAGAGGAUAGUGAGGAGAGCUUUUGGUUGGCGGAGACGUUGAAGUAUUUCUAUCUGCUGUUCGAAGAUGAGGACGUCGUGAGUUUGGAUGAGUGGGUGUUGAACACUGAGGCACAUCCGUUUAGGAGGCCGGAUGCUGAGAGCGUUUCUGCUGCUGCUAGUAGUGAUGGUGCAGAGGAGAACGUGAGGGUGGACUGA